AUGAGGCGUCGCAAAGAACCCCGCGCAGCUAUCCACGCCGUUCCUGACGCCGGCGUAUCAGUACAUAAGUCUAGCAGCACCUCUACAGCACCAACCCAUGAUGCGUUGUCAAUUGGCGAUGUAGCAGCCUUGUUGGUGCUCGCUUCGGGGACUCUGCUAGGCUACACUGUGACACUGUAUCCGUCAAUCGCUGGAGGUGACAGCGGAGAGCUCGUGGCUGAGUCCUGCCACUUGGGCGUCUCGCAUCCUCCCGGUUACCCUCUCUUCAAUAUGGUCGUCCACCUUUUCACACAGCAUUUACCGUUUGGUGACACACCAGCAUGGCGAGCCAACUUUUUCUCGGCUGUUUGUGAUACAAUAGCGGUGAUUUUUAUUUACCUGAGUCUGCUGCUGUGGAUGACGCCGACUGGGUGGUCAGGCCGACGUGUUGUGGCGUUCACAUCUGCCGCUUUGUUUGGGUUUUCCCCACUUAUUUGGACGUAUGCGGUGGGAGCUGAAGUGUUCGCACUAAAUAAUGCUUUUACAGCAGUAUUAGUGUUUUUACUGCUGCAGUUCGUGCGUCAUCAAAAUUUUAAGUCAGCAGUGGCAGGAGCGUUUACUUGUGGUCUGGCAAUGUGUAACCAGCACACAAUUGUGUUGUUCGAGUUGCCGAUCAUCACGUGUGUGUUAUGGUCCAGAAGACAGUCGUUAUGGUGGAAGGAGUUUGCGCAGCUCACGGGAGCCUUUAUCCUCGGUUUGAUGCCGUAUAUUUACAUGCCUAUCACUGCCAUUUGGAGCUCUCAGCCAGGAUCUUGGGGGGAUGUUACCACGCUGAGUGGCUUGAUCCAUCAUGUCCGUCGAGCCGACUACGGCACGCUCCGGUUGUAUGCCAGUAACGAGGCAAAUGAAGAUCUGUGGACGCGGCUGUAUCUGUACGCGGUUGAUCUUUCCGACCGAGAAAUCCCGUUCCAACUUGCAGCUCCUGUUGUGGUAUUGGGCGUGUUUCAAACUCUCCGUGCUAGUACUGGAAUGAAUCCUCAACUUGGUCGGUUCAUGGCAAUGAUGUACGCUUUCUAUAUGGUUAUUUUCCACUCGUUAGCCAAUCUCCCGAUCCGUGAAGGUCUCCUAUACGGCGUUCAAAUGCGCUUCUGGCAGCAGCCAAAUGUCGUGGUGUUCCUCUGGUUCGGUCUCGGACUUGGCUAUAUCGUGAAUUUUCUUUCAGAAUUUGUUGGAAAUCCUUCAAAAGCGAUGAAGUUUGGGAUCUCGAUGGCUCUUCAGAGUGCGUGCUUGGCGCUCGUAGGUGCUCAACUCUGGCGCUGGUAUCAACUGUGCGACCAAAGUCAAGCUUUUUACGUCAGAAACUACGCACACGCACUGCUAGACCCGUUGCCAUCGAACGCUGUACUCUUUGUAAAUUUUGAUCUGCAAUGGACAUCGUUGCGGUAUCUACAGCGCUGUGAAGGCAGACGUCCUGAUGUCACCAUUCUCAACCUUUCAAUGAUGACGUACAGUUGGUUUGCUACGAAACAUGACCACUAUCCGAAUAUUCGAUUUCCUGGUUCCAGACUCGUUCCCUUUGGCUCAGUGGGUGACGGCUUCAGUAUGGCUCGACUUUUAGACUCGAAUAUUGCUCCGAAGAGUACGAAGAAGCAGCUGCGUUUCUUCUUGGGCGGCAGGUUGAGCUACAAUGACCAAGACUUCAACGACAAGUACACUCUUGUUCCGUAUGGGCUACUUGACGAGUUCCAGAGCUUGUCAACGUCGUCUCCGUCUCUGAAUAGCUGGUAUUUGUCGCAACAACAAGUCAAGACGAUGAUACAUGAGUGUCUUCCGAUGCUCCCUCCAGAGAAAUUUUACAAUGAUGAAACGUGGGAGUGGACAAUUGCUCGAGAUUACGGCAUGAAAAAGCUCAACUGGGCGACGUAUUUGCUGGAGAGAACCAUCGCGGAAGACCCUGAAAACUUGACGCUAUUAAGUGAAGCUGCUAAGCCUAUGGAGUUAUCGUACCAAUACGAGCCGCCAGAAUUCUGGAACGCAGCGUCCAGCUUGAAAAAUUUAGGACUCGCGUACGCUCAGAUGGUCAAGUCCAGCCAGGAGUUCACAGUCUCCAGAGACCCUUUCUUCAAUGAAGUCGUGGGAGCUGGCGUCGAGAACUCGAGGUUCAAGGAUCGGGCGUCGGCUAGGAUGCUCGAAGUGUGGAAUGCGUGGCUUCAAGUGCCGGAGGCCAAGCGAGAUCCAGGAUACGGUGCUAUCAAAAGUGUCGUCCGCAAGUUUAUCCCUGACGAGAUAAAAUCGAGGAAAUCCAGUAAAAAAUCUCAGCAGCGUACGAAAAAACCCUCGAAGAAACGAAGUUCGAGAAGAAAAAGUGAUAAGAAGUAGCCCAUUCAAUAACCAUUGCAGGCUGGAGAGUUACUGGUAUAGCUUGAUCAAUUCGUCGGAAACUGCAGACGGAGUGAGUACACCCAGAUCUGUGAACAUCAGCGCGAUGUAUCCAGGCGGAGUGUAGUCGAAGAAAGGACUAGCAAACGACACGUUCUUCAUCGUCUCGUCAGUGGGCUCUCCACCAGCAACAGCACCCGAGAUCGCAGCCAUCUGCUUCUGCGGGACGUCACGCUGUGUCAACGGGUACAGACGAGCGAACUUGUAGCUCUCUGCAGCGACGUAAAACUGCUUGUUGAGUGCUUGAGCGAUCACAGCGAUAGAGUACGUGCCAAUCUAAUUAACAAAAUAUUAGCAAUAUUUUUUACUAAACUCAAGGAAAAAA